AUAGCUACUACUGAUUUUCUGAAGGGCCCAUGGUCUGACUUGCCAAUGGGGUAAUGGAGGAGCCGAAAAAGACCUCCACAAACACGUUUGGGGUCGUGACGGUCUCGUCGGUCCCGUCAUGCGAUCGAUCGAGCCCGCCGUGGCCAACUUGCUGCUAUUCGGACGCGGCUGGGAAUGGGAGCCGUAAUAAAUAAAACGCGUAACCUUGCAGUCCAGAUUUUUUCACCCUCUUUCCCACCUCCCACCAUCUGCCUACUUCUCCCUAAGACCUGAUCUCCUACCAUGUCGAAAUUCUCCGAUCUACUCAAUGUGGCCAUAAUCGCUUGUUUACUAGGUGCUAAGGUUCAAGGAGCACCUCCAGUUAACCCUACAUCGACAGCCUCAUCCGCCGAUCCAAGUCCUACCGUCCCUUACGCUAGCGACGACUUAAAUGAACCACUGUGGAAUCCGAACUCUAGGAUCAUUCCCGAGGCAAUGAGAGGUACCCUUGGAGGGAGCAUCUUGGGACCGCAAAACGUCCCAAUUGAGUUGGAGAAUCCUUCCAUCAUGGCACCUCCGACUACCGAUCAUGGCAAAAUCCCCAACGCAAAAUGGCCCUUCUCGCUGAGCCACAAUCGCCUUCAAACGGGUGGAUGGGCGCGACAGCAGACAGUCUCCGAUCUGCCUAUCGCAGCUGAGAUCGCUGGAGUUAACAUGAAACUGGAAGCGGGUGCGAUCCGCGAACUUCACUGGCACAAGACCGCCGAGUGGGCCUAUGUUCUCAAUGGCUCCACUCAAAUCAGUACUGUCACACCAGAGGGGCAGAACUACGUUGCUACUGCACAUCCCGGUGAUCUUUGGUAUUUCCCUCCCGGUCAGCCGCACUCGUUACAAGCGACAGCAGAUUCUCCCGAAGGUUCCGAGUUCCUUUUGGUGUUCGAUAAUGGCAAUUUUGACGAGAGUGGGACGUUCUUGCUCACUGACUGGCUCGCGCACGUGCCCAAAGAAGUCAUCGCGAAGAAUUUCCAGACCAACAAGGCGGCGUUCGAUCAUAUUCCGGGACGAGAGCUUUACAUAUUCCCAGGCGUACCUCCAGCAGAUAACGCGCAACCCCCAGUCAGCCCCGAAGGGAGCCCACCUGAGCCUUUCACGUAUGAAUUCUCCAAGAUUCAGCCAACGAUUCAUUCUGGUGGUACAGUAAAGAUCGCAGAUUCGACAACGUUCAAGGCUUCCAAGACUAUCGCGGUAGCGGAGAUUACGGUGGAACCCGGUGCGAUUCGUGAACUUCACUGGCAUCCAACUCAAGACGAGUGGACCUUCUUCAUUGAGGGUUAUGCGCGUGUGACUCAGUUUGGUGCUCAGUCCAAUGCUCGGACGUUCGACUAUCAAGCUGGCGAUAUAGCAUAUAUACCAUCGCCCUACGGACAUUAUGUGGAGAACACGGGGAACACCACUUUGCAUUUCUUGGAGAUUUUCAAGACUGAUCGGUUCCAAGACGUGAGCUUGGCCCAAUGGCUAGCUUUGACUCCUCCAGAAUUGGUGAAGGAGCAUUUACAAUUGUCGGAUGAGACGAUUGAGAAUCUGAAGAAACAGAAGCAGGUUCUCGUUGGGCCGGUACAUGCGUAGUCUCUUUCUUUCGGAUAUCAUGCCAUACCACGGUCCUUUCUUUCGUUCUUUGAUUCUUCACUCUCUUUUAUGCUAAUCGUAAUAUUAUUGCAGUCCAACGCUGAGCGAUCGGGUUGUCUCAGAUACUUGUGACUUCAUUAUAAAAGGUACCAAAUUAAUGUCAACAUCAUCGUCGAUCA